AUGCUCGAUCAUAUGGAUCAUGAAACGCGACAUGCCGGUAACAAACGCAAACGAGUAUCGAAGGCCUGCGAUCGAUGUCGAGGCAAGAAGUAUCGUUGUGACGGACUACGCCCCGCCUGUCUGGCAUGUCGAGAAUGCGGCCAUGAUUGUUCCUACGACCCCAGUCCCAAGAAAAGAGGUCUUCCAGAGGGUUACGUCCGUGGCCUGGAAAAGCUUUGGGCCUUAUCAAUGUCCAAUAUUGAAGGCCUGGAGGAGGCAGUACUUGAAAUGCUGGGAUCCAAAGAAGGAGAAUCCCCUCGGAGAAAAAAGCUUGUCGCAUUAUGGAACAAUGAAGGGGCGUCAGAGAAGCUACACGGGACAUGGAAAUCGAGUGAAUUGUAUGCGAAUGUUGAGGAAUUAUUGUCGAGUCCAGGAUCAACCACUUUUGGAUCAUCAUGUUCUGAAGAAGAUGGGGGAGGUAUCGAACUUGGAGAUUUGGUAUCUAACAUCGUUUCCGAUCCUCAACUUGUCGACUUCUCGGACUCCCGAAUUGGUGAAUUCUCUCCAUGGGCGUUGACUCGAAGUCGAUACACGUCGCCCUUGUCCCCUGGCACGGACGAGAAAAGAAUCCACCUUUCUUAUAUGAACCAGGCUGCAAAAAGUGACGCUCGUAUGGAACUUCCUACCCAAACAUCUCACCUGCUCAAUAUGUACUUUGCAUAUACGCACAGCUGGUUUCCAAUUCUAGCAAAACAUGAGGUUCUCAAAGCCUCCUACCAAUACUCAAGCCCGUCUUUCCAAAUGGAAAGAAAUCUCACUGGAUCAGGAAAUCAUGCUGUUCUUUGGGCAAUUAUAAGUUAUACUGCUACCCAGAUUCCGUCGGGAGCUGAUGCAAAUUCAAUGGGCCUGACGAAAAACCCCCACAAGGAAGCAAAAGAGUUCUAUGCAGUUGCGGGAAACCUGAUACCGGAUGAGAAAGGGAAGUUUGAAAUCGGUCAUGUUCAGGCUGCCCUACUAUUAACGCUUGUAAACAUUGGAUUCGGAGAUUGGACAGCUGCAUGGGUCCUUUGUGGACAGGCAGCAAGCAUUGCUAUCGAUUUGGGUCUUGGAGCUCGAUCAAAAGAAACACAGCGCCCUAGCCACGCCAAGCAUGAAGAAACAUUUCUUGGAUGUUUUCUCCUCGACACUCUGUUAUCUGCUCGGCUCGCUAGGUGUCCACGCUUGCGAUAUGAUAGCAUACAGGGUGCCGAUUUAUUGGAAGAAGACGGACUGGAAGAGUGGAGCCCUUGGGUGGAUGUCUUCCUUCUCUGCAAGCUUCAUAGAGGAAAUCCUUGCCCUCGUGGACCGCUCCGGUCUUGCAGUACUUUUAACCGGCUAAUAGAGCUUUCAAAACUCCUCAAUAUGCUCUACGAUAGUGCUCCUAUGGCGCAUGAAUAUUUCCUCACGAGCCUCCAGCACUGGGAAGAAAAGCUUCCGCAAGGGUGUCGGUUGUCUGAUGUUAGCACCAAGGUGUUCUUGGGCGAACGCCCACCAUUACUGCCACAUCAGAACUUUCUGCUUUGGACCCAGACGGCAACGCUGAUUAGGCUUUCUACUUGUCUAUUACCUCAUGGACAACGGUUUCCUUAUUCGCUUCGUCAGAUAAUGGAUAUAACAUUGUCUCUCUUGACUUCGCAGUCAGAAAAUUUCACCCACGCCUACCUUCCGCCGAUUUUCGAAUUUGCUUUAAGAACAAUCACUGACGCUGCACGAUUGCAAAACCCAUCACGGCAGCUGGAUACUUCCUGGUUCGAGUCAGUUGCGAGUCAAAUAUCGCUUGCGGGAGGGGUCUGGCCAGUUUAUUCCUCUUUAGUUGCGGAUAUGAAGCAGCUUACGUCGGAUGAACAUUUUCUUCAUUCUCCGUUACUGGAUCCAGGCUCCUCGGGCAGAAGCAAUGCUUCACUAUAUCCGCAAUUCUCGCUUCCGUCUAAUGAGAACGUGUAUCGCAUUCUCGACUCGCUAGCGCCUCCUUCACAGGACGACACGGACUCUGUACAAGCAGUGAACGAAGAGGAUGUGUCCUUCCCUUUAGUUCCAAAGACACCUGUGGAACCCUUUAGCGGCUCUGAUUACAGAAACAGUAGCGAACCUUUCCUUCUCUCUUCACCACAGGCCUCUGAUGACAUCUGGAUAGAUUUGGGAUCUCCCACUGUUACUAUGAAGCAGAUCCAAACAACAACACCGAGAUUUCCAAGAGCAAGAGCAAGAGCAAGAGCAAGAGCAAGAGCAAGAGCAAAAAUAUGCCUUUCCCCAUCCACGUACAUGUCUCAUGCGUUCAAAGCCAACCCAAAAAGGACUAAUCACCAUCCCGAGCCCGUAAACGAUGGCCAUACUCACGGACAACAAAAAAGCACGCCAACCCUAUUCCCCAAUCACAAACCAGCUUUUCCCCUUUCUGGCCCAGCCUCUAAUGAUAUAGACUCCAUUUUCCAUGACCUCCCAUCUCCAAGCAAUAGCGAAACCGCCACCUCUGACAAGAAGGCGUUCAUAACCUUCACUCACAGCGGCAGGAGUCCCCACCAACACCUCAUCGUCGACACAGACGACGAAAAAGUCUGCGAAGACGCACUCCUCCUCAACAACAAUGAUGACAGCUCCAUGGAGGGCUAUGCCAAGGAGCUCCGUGAUCCGAAAGAGGAGAACGAAAAUUGGGAGGGCACGGGAAAGCUACCGCUCCGUAACUCGAUAAUGCGACCACCGUCGAUCGCAGAUAUUUGGCCGCCGCCGGGGUUCUUUCCGGAUACAUUUGGAGUGGAGGAGGGGACGGGGAAUUGA